UCAAGUUUUGGAGGAAGUUUGAUGAAAGAGAAUAUCAAUUCGAAGCUAAAGAGAAACUGAAAGUGGAGAAACAAUGAAAUGAAGAACGAAGUCAAUCUUUCUCAGUACAGUGAUUCAGGGAAUGAAUUAAUGGAGAAAGAUAAUGACAAGAUCAAGGCAGGCAUCGAGAAUUCGCAAAUUAGUUCGGAACCAAAAGGAGCGAGUGGUAGUAGUAGUACUUCAUCAAAUACACAAAAAUCAGAGACUAUGAUCAUUGGGAUAAGAGAUCAAGAGAUCAGCAAGUUUUUAAGCACAGAAGAUGAGAAAUCAAAACCAGAUCAGACCGAUACUACAAUCAAUAUUGACGUUGGAAGCAACUGCAAUGAAAUGAGUGCUGAAUUGCUUGAUGCAGAAAAAGACUCCUGCAGAAUAUGUCAUUUGAGCUCUGAACAGCUGUCUAGGACUACGAGUCUAAUCCAGCUUGGUUGUAGCUGCAAAGGUGAACUGGGUAUUUCACAUCGACACUGUGCCGAGGCCUGGUUUAGGAGUAAAGGGAAUAGACUUUGUGAAAUUUGUGGCGAGACAGCAAAAAAUAUAGCAGCCAUUGAGGACACUAGACUCAUAUUAGGGAUGAAUGGGAUUAGGCCGGUAAUGGCUAGCACCAGGAACUCCUCAGAAAGUGAAAUCACAUGCUCGAGAAGACGUCAUUUUAAGGAAUUCCUAGUCGCUUGUCUGAUUCUAGCCUUUAUACUCCCAUGGGUCAUUUCACGUCGACUCUAGGCUCAUGUCAUCCAUUACUUUCAAUUUUGCUUUACAAGGGUGGCUUGAUUCCUUAGAUUCAAAUCAUUUCGCUUGCUUGUGGUUUUUAUAUGUUCAGUAUCGAGUGUUUUGCAACGACAUGGCUCUCCAUAAAUUUUCGAUGGGCAUAGGUA